UAAAUAAAUAAAUAAAUAAUCUAAUACUCUUAAGACCUUCUCAUGUUAGCUCAAUACGUCAAGAUCGAUUGAUAUUUCUAGAAAUCAAGAGUUGUGCAUGUUGAGAGUGAAUGUUGGGCAUUAACUGCCGUAUUCCCCUAUUAUAUUCUGCAACUUUGAUUAUAGCACUACACAGUUUCGUUAGCAGAUUAGAAACGCAGAGGUGCAUUGGGUAUUUCAGUGUUUGUAGGUUUCAACUUUACGAAGAAACUCAACGCGGUAUUUAAUAGAGUGACAUUUUAUAGUAAAUAAUCAGUGGAACGAUCAAACUACAAAUGUCGGUUAUUUGGAACAAAACACCUGUUCGUCUGCUUUUUACUGAAAGUGCCGGGAUCCUACAUGUUAGAGGACAUAACACAGAAGAUGUUACUCAGAAUGGUUGUCCUGCAAAACGUGCAAAGGAAGAAAGUGCCCCAGAAAAAGUUAUUUUAAAGUUUAAGAAGCUCUCAGAAAAUGCAUAUACACCAACGAGAGGGUCUUCAAAGGCAGCAGGCUAUGACUUGUAUAGUGCUUAUGAUUAUGUGAUUCCUGCAAGAGAGAAGACUGUAGUCAAAACAGAUAUUCAGAUUGCACUUCCACCUGGUUGUUACGGCAGAGUGGCUCCAAGAUCUGGCUUAGCGGCAAAAUAUUUUAUAGACGUUGGAGCUGGUGUUAUUGAUGAAGAUUACAGAGGGAAUGUUGGUGUUGUCCUCUUCAAUUUCAACAAAGAGGCAUUUGAAAUUAAGAAGGGAGACAGAGUAGCUCAGUUGAUCUGUGAACGUAUCUUCUAUCCAGAUCUGGAAGAACAUGAGAACCUUGAAGAGACUGAGCGAGGUGAAGGUGGAUUUGGCUCUACUGGACAAAACUGAAGAACAUCAUUAAUUGACCUCCCUAGUUCUGUUACACUGGAAAAAAAGGGUCUUGGGUCCUUAUUUUAUGGAGACUGCAAGCAGAGCAGCUGUUCUGUGCUGCCAAGUACUUGCUUCCUGUUACAGUUUAUAGAUAACCCAAUGUGUUUUGCAAUACUUGAAACAGAUGUAAAAACUAAAACUUAACUAAAACUUGCAAAUGCAUCUGUAUUUAAGUAAAUAUAAAAACCUAAAACUUGUUACAGAACUGCAUCUGCAGUAUUCAGUUACUGACUUUUUAAUGUUCACAUCCAGUGUCAUUAAAAAACAAUUUGAAUUUUAUCCUAAAAAGUGACUUAUCCGAUUGAUGAAACCAGAUGAAUUUUAUCCUAAAAGUGAAAUAAAGUUAAUAUUUUACGUUUGUA